AGAAUUAAACACAAUAUGGAUGGACUUUCUCGUGAUAAACCAAAAAAAAGAUCAUUAGAAGAGGAUGACAAUGAUAGUGAUCAGCAAAAUAAUAGCAUGAAUACUGAACCAUCAACAUCUACAUCAGUAUCAGAAUCUGGAAACUUAGGGGUAUUAAUGCAGCCAAAGAUUACUGAAAUGUUCUUUUCGCCGUCUGUAUCAGCCAAAAGACAAGAGCAAAUUACAGACAGCCUUGUAAAAUUUAUAGCCAAAGAUAUGCUGCCACUAUCAACAGUGGAUGGUGUUGGUUUUAUUGAAUUUAUGAAGAAGAUAUCACCAAAUUAUGAAAUACCAAGUCGGUUUACAAUCAAAAGGAAGAUUCAAGGACUAUACGAGACAGAAAGACAUAAAGUAGCCAAUGAAAUAAAAAACAUAGACUCAAUAGCACUAACUACUGACUGUUGGACCAGUAAAGCUAUAGAGUCUUAUAUAACAGUUACGGCACAUGGCAUUAAUAAAAAUUGGAAAAUGGUCAAUUAUAUUAUUACAACUGAAUUAAUGGAUGAGCGACAUACCAGUAUAAAUUUAAAACAAAAAUUAUUGGAUAUUAUGAAGGAAUGGGAAAUUGAUACAAAAACUAUGUGUAUUGUGCAUGACAAUGCGGUAAAUAUUAAGAAUGCCGUUACUGAAAUGGCUCCAAACAUUAAAAGUAAGACAUGUUUCGCUCAUUAA